AACUUUAUACACACCAUUUUCGUUUUGUAAAGUUAUAUAUACAACUUUAACACGAAGCGAAACAAAUGGUGUGUAAUUUUGACAUAUUUCACAAUAUCGGAGCCGCGUAGGUUGUAUUCAGUAUCGAGGGAAAUCAAAUAUUCUAAAAAAUAAUUUUUACGUAUUAUGUUAUUAAUAAUUUUGUUAGAUCAAUACGCAUGUACAAGUCUAGCUUUAAAACAAACACUUUCUGAAUCUUAUAGAUCCAAAGGGAUUUCUCUAAAAAAAAAAAUACAUAUCAGAACAAACAGUUCGCCAAUUUAUGAACAAAAGGCUAGCAAAUUUAAUUUUAUAAUUAACCCUAAAUUCAAAAUAAUAAGUACAACACAAAUUUUAAAGAUAGUUCGCUUAAUAAUAUAAUAAUUUGUAUUGUAAUUAACAAGUUAUUUAUUGGACAUUUAUGACCCUAAGAAAAAUAGUUGAAAGGAAAUUUGCAUACAAAUAAACUCCCGCCAAAAGUUCAAACAGAGAGUUUAUAAAGUGCAACGAGAAUUGAACCAAAUCCCAUAGCGGAAGAAGAAAAAAAAAAAGUUAUACACGAAAUGGAAGGAGAAGAUGAAAAAGGCGGCAAAAAUGUUACUGCAAUUCUCCAAAUUGACAUGCAUUGUUCUUGUGAAGGUUGCUCUGAAAAAGUUUUCAAAUGCGUUCACGAUUUGCAUGAUCUGAAUUCGUGGAUGAAGAUAGAGGAAAAUGGAGCGGUAUACAAGGUGACGAUGACAGGGAAAUUCGAUCCGUCGAAACUCCAGCAGAAAAUGGAGAGGAAAUUGAAGAAGAUCGUAAAAAUCAUUUCACCUAAACUGGAUAUUGAGGAAACUGAGAUCCAAAAGAAGUAUAAAUGCAAUGAGACUAUUGCUGUGUUUAAACUUCCUCUGAACUGCGACGCAUGCAACGAGAAGAUUCACAAAAUUAUCACUCGAACAAGAGGAUGUAGGAAUGUGAAAAUGCAUUGGGAAAAGAAUUUGGUGACGGUAACUGGGACAAUUGAUGUGAAAUCCUUGGCCGAAUCUCUGAGAUAUCACCUGAGGAAAGACGUUGAAAUUUUGUCGGUGAAUAACGGCGGCAGCGGAGGAGGCGGCAUUUACUCGCCGGGCUUUGAAUGCGUCAACCGGCGAUCAACAACUACAUGCAGAUCGGUGACCGGAGAUUAUCUUUAUCCCGCAACGGAGGCAUUCAGUGAUGAGAAUCCAAAUGCUUGCACUGUUCUGUGAACAAUUUUGGUAAGUGUGUAGAAACUUCUAGUAGUACUAGUAUAAUUGUUCCAUAUUUGCAAAUGCUCAAAUGAUUAAUUACUUAGUUUAGCAAAAUUAAUGCACUAAUAUGCUUAGAAUUAGAACUAAUGUGGGAUUUUUUGUUGAUAUUUCACAUGUGGAUCAUAUUAGAGUGAAUUUAAUACAUAAAUGAUCAAAAUAUUUUUUUUAGAAAAACAAAUUUUUUAAAAAUAAAAAAAGAUUUUCUUAAUCAAAAGUAACAAAAAUAAGUUAUAUAAGUAAUAUUGCAAGAUAUCUCUUUUCAACUCAUUUACGAAUUCACGACCCACUACACUCCCUUGACCAUCCUAACUCUGUCACCCCUUAACCACCUUAUCUCAUACGUAUAGUGUUUUGCUGGAUUAUAUACGAAUGAUUUUGAUAUAAUAUUUUUUACUUACUUAUCGAACACCAGAAAAUAAGUGUGAAACUUGUUCAUUUUCCAACAAAAGAUUUUCUAGGUAAAUACUUUUCCAUGGGAAAUAUUUUCCUUUGUAUCAAACAUUUAAGAAUCGAUUUAAAUUGAUUUAUUUUUAAGUAUUUUAAAUAAAAAAUAUAAAAAUCCUACUUAUGUCUUUGACUUAUAAGCCCAAAAAUAUACCAUCCUAACAGGCUAUAGUCUAUCAGUAUGUUUUUUGUUGUUGCUGUUAUCAUCAAAAGGCCCAUGAUCAUGUAUCAAUUCUUAUACAUAUCUGUAUAUCUAAAAAUUCAUGCCAAUGAACACUCAUUGAAUAGAGACAAUAAUAAAUAUCCCACAUAUACGUAUAAUAUAACUAUAAAAUAUAAUUAUAGGUGUUCGUUCACCAUACAUACAUAAAUACAUAUAAUAUACAUUUUACAUAUCAUUCGUAUACAAUUCAAAAACAUUUACGAUUGGAUUCAAUUCUGUUCACUUACAAUUGAUAGCUUAACAUAUACUUAUACAUACAUCCAACCUUUGUU